AUGAAUAGACCAAUUAAAGUUGUAACUAUUAGACAACCACAAGCUGUAUAUCAACAACCGAGAGAUACUUACGAACGCAAUGACGAUGGAUAUGAUUAUCAGGAUGAAAAAUUAUCAACGUAUCGAAGUGUGAAUUCUCAAUCUAAUAUUGAAUUAAUGCGAACACAAGAUUUUCAUCGGCAAGCAUCAAAUGGAAAAAAUUUAUCUUCUUCAUACACAUCUUCGAAUGGUUUACUAAUUGCUGCUGGUAUUCUAUUACUUUUAAUCAUUUUCAUUAUUGCACCAAGUGUUCUCGGUGUGCUUCUCACACGAAAUCCAAUAGUGUCAAAUAAUUCAACAACAACUUCUGCUGCUACAGUUUAUACAGCUUAUUGGAGUUUUGAUAAUGAUGCUAAUGAUUUAUAUGGAACAUAUAAUGGUACUCUUGUCAAUAGUGCAUCAUUUUCAAACACUACUUAUUUUGGUCAUGGUUUUAAUUUAGCAUUAAAUGAUUCAGUGAAUCAAUCUGUUAUUACUACAAAUUCAUUUUUCAAUUUAUCUUAUACAAGUUUUACUGUUGAAGCAUGGAUUUAUGGUAUUGCACUUACAGGACUUGUCAAAGUCAAUGUCUUUAUUUAA